GAGCCGCGGAUCGGGGGGAGGAGACCGGAGGGUGUCUGGAGGGGGCGCCCGGGGCGUUGGGGACGGAGCAGCGCGGGCGGGCGCCGCGUGUCCCGCCGGGCAGCGAAUCGUUCCGCCUCGCAGGGGCGGCGGGGAGCUGGAGGCGGCGACCCCGGCACCUGCGGGACGAGCUCGCCGGGCGCGAAGGGCAGCCCGGGCGCCAGCCAUGCACACGGCCACCGCCUCCGGGCUCGAUGUGUCGAGGACGGGCGGGCCCCGGGAGGGCGGGCGCAAUGCCCCGAGCAACGACCCAGGCGAGGACCACACCAUGAUGCAGGCUCCUUGGUCUUUUAAGAAGGGAGUUUGGAGUAAUCAGCUUUGCUUCCUGCACUUUUUCAGUCAAAGCCAAAGAUGAGCUACAGUUUGGGCCAAUGUGAGAGGAGAGGCCUGAGUACUCAUUCUGAAGGGCAGUGUAGCCAAAUCCUUCCCCCUCAGCUUGGCAUGCUACAGAUAAUUCAUGGCAAUGGCACCGCCGUCGGAACGGUGAUAACAUUCCAGUGCUCCGCUGAGCACCUGCUUGUGGGACAGGGACUCAUAACCUGCAUAUGGAAGGGAGACAGUACACAGUGGACUGCUGGAGUUCCCUCAUGCAAACCCAUAUCAAAAUAUGAGGCUUUUGGAUUUAAAGUAGCAGUGAUUGCCUCCAUUGUGAGCUGUGCCAUCAUCCUGCUGAUGUCUAUGGCUUUUUUGACCUGUUGUCUCAUCAAGUGCGUUAAGAAAAAUGAAAGGAGGAGAACAGAAAGGGAUAUGCAGUUGUGGUACCAGCUCAGAAGUGAAGAACUGGAAAAUAUGCAAGCUGCUUAUUUUGGUUUUAAAGGCAGAAAUAACAACAAUAAUAAACACUUCGGGAAUAAACCAGCAUUUGACGACAGGACUAACCUGGCAUAUGACAAUGAAGGCUUCUGCAGAUUCCACCAAGAACGGACCUGGGACAUCACAGUUUCUGCAUGUUUCAGAGAAAACGACUGUCAGCCCAAGUUCAACACAAGCAGUAGUGCAGCUAUGACACAAUUACUGCCAGAACAUAACGUUCCAAUACAUACAGUGAGUACAAUACACGUUGUUGAGGUCUAUAGACAUGAGAAGGAUAUUUAUAAGAAACCCAUCUCUCGUAUACCUGGAUAGUCAAUGUCAGAAAUAAGUAAUUUGUUGUGUUGGACCAAAAUGAAAUAUGGUUAGAAAUAUGUGCCUUAAAGACUGUGUAGAAAACUACUUAAUUAUUCUUAUGAAUCUGAAAAUUUUAUACAUCAAGAUUAUUUUAAAAUGCUUCCAGAUUUAACUUAAAUACAAUAAUGAAUGUUGAUGCUUACAAUAAAUAGCCAUUCUCUGCAAAGUGCUAAAUAUCAUGGCAAGAAUAUAAUAUUCUCCUGUACAUACUAUAGAGAGAAAUGGUAACCAUUUGUAUAUUUGCUUCAUGUAAAGUCUCUGACAACAACUACAUAUUCAUAUGACUGCAAACUUCUUUUAACUUGCGUUCUUUUUGUAAACAUGCCAGAAAAAAACAUAUUUUUGCACACUCGUCUGGGAAUUACAAUAAAGAUUUCUUUUUAAUGAAAAA